AAUACCGGAAGUGUUGAUUCGUGUCAUGUGAUUAGCUCUUGCUGGCAGUCUGAGAGAUAUGUCAGAAUAAUUGGACAGGACGGUUCGAGAAGAAGAACAGCUGCCGUUGUAUCCAGGAGGACCUAGCGAAGAUGCAGAACGUGAUAAACACGGUGAAGGGAACGGCUCUGGGGGUGGCGGAGUUCCUGACGCCGGUGCUGAAGGAAUCGAAAUUCAAAGAGACUGGAGUCAUCACACCAGAAGAGUUUGUUGCAGCUGGAGAUCAUCUGGUCCAUCACUGCCCCACAUGGAAAUGGGCCACAGGAGAAGAAGUGAAGGUGAAGCCGUAUCUGCCUCAAGAUAAACAGUUUCUCCUGACACGUAACGUUCCGUGUUACAAGCGCUGUAAACAGAUGGAGUAUUCAGACGAGCUGGAGGCCAUCAUAGAGGAGGACGAUGGAGACGGAGGCUGGGUGGACACGUACCACAACUCAGGUGUGUUAGGAGUCACAGAUGCUGUCAGGGAAAUUUCACUGGACAACAAUAAGGACAAGAACAUGAACGCCACGUCUGCAGCGUGCUGUGAUGAUGAUGACGAUGAGGAUGAAGACGGAGAGGCAGCAGAUAUGGAAGAAUACGAGGAAAGCGGGCUGUUGGAAACAGACGAGGCCACUCUGGACACCAGUAAAAUGGUAGAAACCAAAGCUAAAGCAGAACCUGGGAGUGAAGACGCCAUCCUCCAGACCAGAACGUACGACCUGUACAUCACAUACGACAAAUACUACCAGACCCCCCGACUCUGGCUGUUCGGAUACGAUGAGGACAAGCAGCAGCUGACUGUAGAGCAGAUGUACGAGGACAUCAGCCAGGACCACGUGAAGAAGACGGUCACCAUCGAGAACCACCCCCACCUCCCUCCACCCGCCAUGUGCUCCGUCCACCCCUGCAGACAUGCUGAAGUGAUGAAAAAGAUCAUUGAGACGGUGGCAGAAGGAGGAGGAGAGCUCGGAGUGCACAUGUAUCUUCUGAUUUUCCUCAAGUUUGUGCAGGCCGUCAUUCCCACAAUAGAAUACGAUUACACGAGACACUUCACCAUGUAGCUGCAGCGCCUGUGGAUCAGACCAGAGGAUCGUCAGGUUCAUCUCUGAGCGUCCAGCGGUGGCAUUAACAACACAACCUUCUACAAACUCCGACCAAUCUUACUUUCACAAGCAGCAGUUUGACUCGCUUCUGUUUUUUUUUUUUUUUUUGCUUGUAGCGGAGCAGGCUAGCAGUUCCCUCUAGUUCCAGUCUGUAUGCUAAGCUAGGCUAACGCAUCUCUGUACUUUACUCACAGAAAUGAAGCUGAAAUUCAUCCUCUCAUCUGACUGUGGGUAAAUCUGCAGACGAGUUACGGCCCUAAAACCCUCUGAUGUUUCUGUACAGGUUUAGAGUUCUCAAAACUGUUUCAGAAAAGAAUGAAAUCUGGUUCGUCACAGUAAAACGUUCUGCUUUGAGUUCAUAAAUUCAAACUGUCUCCAGUGAUUCUGCAGCAGAAGCUUUAAAGCACAACACUGAUGGUUUCUCCUCUUACAGUCACACAGCAGCAGCUUUCACUCAUGAAUGUAAAUCCAGGAUUCACUCCCCUUCUAGCUUUGGUUUAAACCAGCCUGUCUGCAGGUGGCGCUGUCAGAGCUUUUCCUGCCUGCUGCAGCUAAACGGCUAACAGAGAGUGAACUAUCUCCUGUAUAAAUUAUAUUCAGAAUCUGGAACGCAGCAUCGAUAGAAGCUUCCUACUGUUAAUAUUGUUCCCGUGCUUCUCUGCUGAGGUUUAUUGCUUCCCUUCUACCGCACUGAGUCAUUUCUGAACCUCUUUAAUCAGCUUUUGAUGCCAGUUUGUCUUAAAGCUGCAGAGUCUGAAUGUGUCGAGGCUUUCUUGGACACUUUUCUUUUAGAGAAUUUCUUUCAGUCUUGCCUUUUCCUCUUUUAGCGUCAUGUGAAGGUUUGCUGUGACCAAAACAAACAGAAUUCUUUAGUCAGCUUGUUGGCUUACGUGGCUUUGAGUUACAAACUACAUCCAAACAACAUAUUUCUGGCAGUAAACGGUCAAAUAAAGCUUCAGUAAUCUGCGCUCUGCUCUCCUUGGUGUCUGUUGGUUGGAUUAAAUAUUCACUGUACCUGUCGGUCCGUCUCCUGGUGUAAACUGUUCGGUGGAAACACUGGACCAUUUCAAAGUAAAGUACAUUUAUCAAUAAAGAGUUUCCCAAAUAUUAAAGA